GAAAGAGAAGCAUAAACCCUUCCACCUUCAUCUUCACGCCGGCUUCCCCUUUCAGCAGCCCAGUGUCUCUCGCUGCCUCUCUCCCGUUCAGCGUUGCCCCGCCGCCGUCUCUCUUCCGGUCGUGUUGCCGCAUACUACGUCCUACCAGGUUGGGUAUUUAACGUUGUUGUGAGUUUGGUCCAAAUUAGAACAUGAAGCUUGACGUUAAUGUGCUGCGUUAUCUCUCGAAAGAUGAUUUUAGGGUUCUUACUGCGGUUGAGAUGGGGAUGCGGAAUCAUGAAAUUGUUCCUUCAGAACUUGUGGAACGUAUAGCUUCUCUAAGGCAUGGGGGAACUUACAAAGUCUUGAAGAAUUUACUCAAAUAUAAGUUAUUGCACCACGAUUCCUCUAAAUAUGAUGGGUUUCGACUUACGUACCUGGGAUAUGAUUUUCUUGCAAUUAAAACUUUGGUAAAUCGUGGAGUGUUUGUGGCUGUUGGUCGUCAAAUUGGUGUUGGGAAAGAGUCUGAUAUUUUUGAGGUUGCAAAAGAAGAUGGCACUGUGCUUGCCAUGAAGUUGCAUAGACUUGGUAGAAUUUCUUUUAGAUCGGUAAAAUCUAAGCGUGAUUAUUUGAGGCAUCGCAGUAGUUACAAUUGGCUUUACUUGUCUCGGCUUGCUGCAGUUAAAGAAUUUGCAUUCAUGAAGGCUUUGGAAGAACAUGGUUUUCCUGUUCCAAAUGCAGUAGACUCUAACAGGCAUUGUGUCAUUAUGUCACUUGUUGAAGGUUAUCCGCUUGUGCAGGUAAAACAGUUACAAAAUCCAGACGUGGUGUUUGAAACAAUCAUUGGUCUUGUCGUUCGUCUAGCUGAACAUGGACUUAUUCAUUGUGACUUCAACGAAUUCAACAUUAUGAUUAAUGAUGAUGAGAAGGUCACCAUGAUCGAUUUUCCACAAAUGGUUUCUGUCUCACAUCGCAAUGCCCAAAUGUAUUUUGAUCGUGAUGUUGAAUGCGUCUUUAAGUUUUUUAGAAAAAGGUUUAACUUGUCAUUCCAUGAGACCGUGGACGAUGAAAAUGAUGUAGAGAUUGACAAUGAUGAAAGUGCAAGGCCUUGCUUUUCUUCUAUAUCUAAAGGUGCAGGAAGUCUAGACAAGGAACUUGCUGCCAGUGGGUUCACACGAAAGGAGCAGGAAGACAUUGAAAAGUUUAUUGAAGGCGGACUCGAGGAAGAUGCAGAUUCUGGCGAGGAAGAAGCUGAAAGCUCUAAGUUAAAUGAAAUGGACAUCAAUGCAGUGGAACAUCUACGCAUAUCAGUUGAGGAGACCUUGAGUGGUGAUGAAAAUGUAGAGUUGCAGGGGAACCAUGAAGCAUGUCUGGAUGAUGUACCUGAGAAUGACUCAGAUUCAAAUCAGAACCAAGAAGCAAAUGAAACUGGAAUCUUGGAGAAUGGCUCAAGUGAAACGAGAGAUGAUGAAGGUGAGGCUAGAGAUGAAAACGACGAUACUGAACUGAACAAACGGUUGAACAAGCAGAGACAACGUGCCAUAGCAUCAGCCAGCGGAGGACGAAAGGGUCGUGCCUCGAGAAACACCUACAAAGACAAGGGUAGGAAGUCUUCUAACAAUUCCAAGAUUCAUAAACAAAUCGGCCUCUGGUGACGUUUUGGGAUACUUGAUGCUCACAUACAUCCUCACAUUGUGUCAAUUUUGUCCUCGUGCUUUAAUAAAACUUCGGUUUUGGUUUCGGUUUUAUCCCUAUGUUUUGGUUAUACUCGAGGCUAGAAGCCUUCUCAUUUGUAGUAUUUUGACAUAAUGAUUAAAGUAUAUUGACAAAAAUAGUAUUGGGUACGUAUAUAUAAUGAGUUAGAUA